CAGGUCGUUCUCUUCUCCAGUCCUGCGGCGGAGUAACCGCCUCCCUUCUGCGGGACGCGGCAGUCCCCCGGCUCCGGCUGCUGGGGACCAUGGAGUUUGCGGAGCUGAUUAAGACCCCACGGGUGGACAAUGUGGUGCUUCACCGACCUUUCUAUCCGGCCGUUGAGGGGACCUUGUGUCUGACUGGCCACCACCUGAUCCUGUCCUCCCGGCAGGACAACACGGAGGAGUUGUGGCUCCUCCAUUCAAACAUCGACGCCAUCGACAAGCGAUUUGUGGGACCACUGGGCACCAUCAUCAUAAAGUGUAAAGAUUUUCGAAUAAUUCAGUUGGAUAUUCCUGGAAUGGAGGAAUGUUUGAAUAUAGCCAGUUCCAUUGAGGCAUUGUCUACCCUGGACUCCAUCACCCUGAUGUACCCUUUCUUUUACCGGCCCAUGUUUGAAGUGAUAGAAGAUGGCUGGCACUCUUUCCUUCCUGAGCAAGAGUUUGAACUCUACUCUUCAGCUACCAGUGAAUGGAGGUUAAGCUAUGUCAAUAAGGAAUUUGCAGUCUGCCCCUCUUACCCGCCAAUUGUCAUAGUGCCCAAAUCCAUUGAUGAUGAAGCUCUUCGGAAGGUGGCUCCCUUUCGGCAUGGAGGCCGCUUCCCAGUACUCAGCUAUUACCACAAAAAAAACGGAAUGGUAAUUAUGAGAAGUGGUCAGCCACUGACUGGCACAAAUGGGAGACGGUGCAAAGAAGAUGAGAAGCUGAUAAAUGCUACCCUCAGAGCUGGAAAGCGUGGCUAUAUCGUUGAUACUCGAUCUCUAAACGUAGCUCAGCAAGCUAGAGCCAAAGGAGGCGGCUUUGAACAAGAAGCUCAUUAUCCCCAGUGGAGGCGGAUUCAUAAGUCCAUUGAGAGGUAUCACAUUCUUCAGGAGGGCUUAAUCAAACUUGUAGAAGCUUGUAAUGACCAAACACAUAACAUGGAUCGAUGGCUCAGUAAAUUGGAGUCUUCAAACUGGCUGACUCACAUCAAAGAGAUUCUGACAACUGCCUGUCUUGUGGCUCAGUGUAUUGACAGGGAAGGAGCAUCCAUAUUGAUUCAUGGAACAGAAGGAACUGAUUCCACACUUCAGGUGACCUCCCUGGCCCAGAUCAUCUUGGAACCAAGAAGCAGGACCAUCCGUGGUUUUGAGGCCCUGAUAGAAAGAGAGUGGCUGCAGGCUGGUCACCCGUUCCAACAGCGCUGUGCACAGUCAGCCUAUUGUACUAGUAAGCAGAAGUGGGAGUCACCUGUAUUUCUUCUCUUCUUGGACUGUGUGUGGCAGAUACUUCGUCAGUUCCCUUGUUCUUUUGAAUUUAAUGAGACUUUUCUCAUCAUGCUCUUUGAGCAUGCUUAUGCCUCACAAUUUGGAACAUUUCUGGGCAACAAUGAAAGUGAAAGAUGUAAGUUGAAGCUACAGCAGAAAACAAUGUCUCUGUGGUCUUGGGUCAAUCGGCCCAGUGAACUGAGUAAAUUCACCAAUCCUCUCUUUGAAGCCAACAACCUUGUCAUCUGGCCUUCAGUUGCUCCACAGAGUCUUCAGCUCUGGGAAGGUAUUUUUCUACGUUGGAACAGAUCCUCCAAGUAUUUGGAUGAAGCGUAUGAAGAAAUGGUUAACAUCAUUGAAUAUAAUAAGGAAUUACAAGCAAAAGUAAAUAUCCUUAGGAGGCAGUUGGCAGAGCUGGAGACUGAGGAUGGGGUUCAGGAGAGUCCCUGAAAGAUGUCCCCACACCCUAUGUAAGAACCUUCCCGGACCCGUAUCCCACCUCUCUCUCUCCUUUUGCCCUUCAGCUCACUUUUACACAGUAGCCUUGAACUUGAGGCUUUGGAUGUGAGAACCCUCUGAUCUAAUGGAUUUCUCAAUACUUUAUGAAUGAAACUUACUAUAAUUACACAUGUUUCAUGUGGCCUCUUAGGCCUCUUUACUUUGGGAGCAGGAAGGAGGUGCUAGUCAUUUUAUUUUAUUCUAUGUGAACCAGGUGAUCUGUGUAAUGCCAUUUGUGUUAUACGCCAUUUCAUCAUCAGCUUUUCUCUGUGAUCUACUUUCCAACAGUGCUUCAGACCAGUCAAGGAUAUGAUCAGUCUCUUUAGGGAAUUAUGUUAGUUUAAAAAAAAAGAUCAGGUGUUUAAACACUUUGAAUAUAGAAAUAUUUUUCAAAACUGAAUUGGUGGAUAAACCAAGAAUUUUAUGUUUAACAUGCCAUUUCUAGUACCUUUGCCAUUCUCUUUAAAAUAGUUUUGGACUAACAAAGCUGAAUUAAGUCUCAUUGUGGUUUUUCAAGAAAGGAAAUUCUGAAUAUUUAUUCAAGGUAAAUUAUUGUUACAAGGGCAACAGGUAUAGUCCUCUGAUAUUUACCUUAAGAAGUAAAUUUAACAGUAGACAGUAAAGGUAUGUGCAAUAUAGAAAUAAAAUAGGAAUUUGUUACUGAUGUGGUAUUGUUACUGUUGAAUUGGUUUUUCAGGUUUUUGACCAUACAUAUUAAAUAUGUAUCAGAUGCUGGGUGUAAUAUUAAACCAUCAUUUAUAAUAGAUGUUAAUUUGUUAUAAUUAAGCUACAAAUAUGGUUUUCUUAAACCAGGGAUGCACUGCCCUUGCCUGACAUCCUUAUUGUACUGGUU